CUCACGGAGGACCAUGCCAGAGCUUGAGCCGAUGCAGAAAGGAGAGGAGAUGAGUCCUCAAGCGCAGGACAGCCACAAGGCCGGAGGGCCAGGAGCCGAGGAGGAGGACAGGAGCCAGGCCCAAGGGGGCGUGGAGCCUUCAGCUCCGCCGCUGCCCCCCUCAGACCCACCUCCACCUGGCCCACCUGACUACCCGAGGCCCAGGCUUGUCUUCCACACCCAGCUGGCCCACGGCAGCCCCACAGGCCGGAUCCAUGGUUUCACCAACGUCAAAGAGCUGUACGCCAAGAUUGCUGAGGUGUUUCAUAUCUCCCCCUCUGAGAUCCUUUUCUGCACCCUGAACUCCCACAAGGUAGACAUGCAGAAGCUAUUGGGCGGUCAGAUUGGUCUGGAAGACUUCAUCUUUGCCCAUGUCAGGGGGGAGGCCAAAGAGGUGGAGGUCACCAAGACAGAAGACGCCCUUGGGCUGACUAUAACGGACAAUGGAGCAGGAUACGCCUUCAUCAAGAGGAUAAAGGAGGGCAGCACCAUCGACCGGCUGAAGUCUGUGUGCGUGGGCGACCACAUCGAGGCCAUUAACGACCAGAGCAUAGUUGGCAGUCGACACUAUGAGGUGGCCAAGAUGCUUAAAGAACAACCGAGAGGCGCUCCUUUCACACUGCGGUUGGUCGGGCCCAAGAGAGCCUUUGAUAUGAUCGGCAUGAGGACGAGGGCACCAAAGUCGAGCGAGGGCAAGAUGGUGAAUGGGAGAGAGACCCUGCGUCUGCGUUCUAAGGGGUCAGCCACAGUCCAGGAAGUGCCGAAUGAGUUUGAGGAGAUGAUCACCAGGAAGGUGGAUGAUCUACUGGAAAGCUACAUGGGAAUCCGAGAUCCUGAGUUAGCAACCACCAUCGUAGAGGCUGGCAGAGACAAGAAGAACCCAGACGACUUUGCAGAGGCUUUGGACUCCGUGCUGGGGGAUUUCGCCUUCCCAGAUGUGUUCCUGUUUGAUGUGUGGGGCGCCAUCGGAGAUGUGAAGAAUGGGAGAAUGUAGAGUUA